ACUUUUUAGGUUUUUAUACAGCCUAUGGCCAUAACGCUAACAAAACACUAACGUUACUGUCUUGAAAACAGCGGCAACUUUUUUUCUUGUUUCUCUGUCAUUUUUUGCAUCUAUCAGCCAUCAUGAGCGAAACAAUACAUCCUCCCGAGAGCAUCUAUAAUCUUAUUCCCAGAGAGGAAGAGAAACCCAUAAAAGCACCCAGGUACAUGUCAAAGUUCAGGGAGCAGGAGAAGCUGGAGAAAGAGGUGAACAAAGCCCCCAGUAAAACUAUGGGACCAGCAGAAGUGGAUGUGCCGUCGCCACAGAAAUAUCUACUGAAACACUCCAAGGAACCCAAACUCCCUGAGAAGAAGCAAUUUAAAUAUGAAGAUGAUGAGCUACAUAGUAAACCACCAAUACCUGGCAGAACAGACCAGCCGCUCAUGGGUCUCCAUACCAACAAGAACUUUAUUAAGACCAACACUGUUGAGAAUAUCAUGGCAGUCCUGAAGAAACCGCAGCUAGGGUAUGCUCGUACCAAAAAGGAAGACAAACAGCUUUUGGAGAACUCUGGUCUCGUGCCCAAAUACGUAAAGAAGAAGGACUAUGGUCAAACUCCAGAGUACCUGAUCCAGCGUAGAGAGGACGUGAAGAAAGCACAAGAAGAAUAUGACCACUAUGUCAAGGAACGAAUGAGAGAAGGGGCCAUGAAACAGCUUUCCGGUGAAGAACGCCACAAUAUCCUUCAGGCUCUGAAGAAGAACUGGGACGAUCUUCAUCACCAAUACCAGGGCCUCUCUGUUGUCACAGACACAGCUCCCAAAAAAUAUAGGAAGGAGCGUCUGGAGCAGGAAAUGAAGCAGCUGGAGACAGAUGUAGAGCUGACUGAGCGGCACAAAACCAUCUACAUUGCUAAUAACUGAACAUGAUGUUAGUGUCACUGAAUUCAGCAAAUAUCCAAGAAUAAUGUUUGAAACAGGCAAAACUGCCACAGUGUCUUUUCUCGUCCUCUUUUAUGAUUCUGCAGAAAUAGUUUGAAAGGCUUCGGUAAAGCUUUACAGCAAUACAUCU